AGCGAUUUAGUGCCCUGCAAGUGAUGCAGUAAUUUUUCUGUGAAAGCUAAAAAAAUUUCGCUUAGGCAAAAAUUAAUGGCACACAAGCGUUUAUUUGUCUACGCUGCAUUUCUGGCGAUAUGUUAUUUACUUGGCGCGACAUGGGCUGAGACAGCAACACAAACACUGACCAUCAGCAGCAGUAAUAGCAACAACGCCAGUCAACUUAAUGCACCUGGCAAGGCGGCAGUAACUACUGCAGCGCCAGCAAUCGCUACUCCCAAAGUCAUAAGCAGUACGGCAACAAGCGCCAACACAAGUAGCAGUCCUAGUGAAUGUUCCUGUGUUGGAGCUCUGCUGCCGCAAGUAGAUUCCAAUGGAAAGGAGCUUCCCAUGUGCGCCGAGUGUAAAUGCUCCCAUGUAGCGCGCAAUACGACACUUAUAAAGGUCGUUGUCAUUAUUGUGAUUUGGAUAAUAUCCAUUUUAGUAAUAUACAUGCUCUUCCUAAUGUGCUUGGACCCACUGCUUAACAAACGCGUCAAGGCUAACAAUUAUCAGGAGCACACCAAUGAAGAUGACGAACCCACACCGCCUAUACCCGCUGGCCCCAACAAUCAAGAGCUAAGCGCACGUGCCAAUGUUCUGAAUCGUGUCGGACAUCAGCAGGACAAAUGGAAGCGUCAAGUGCGGGAACAGCGACGCCACAUCUACGAUCGCCACACCAUGCUAAAUUGAACAGCAACAUUAUGUGCUAGAGCCCUUGGCGACUUAAAGACAUAUUCCGGCAGCAAUUACGUAUUGUAUUUGAAUUUGCUCUUUAACACUGCUUGUCUCAUUAAUUGGAACAGAAUUAAUUAAUAUUAUUAGCAACAUUUUAUAUUAUAAAUAAAUUCACAUAAC